UCUUCUUCUCCAUUAGACAAGUAGUAGCUUUUGUCAAUUGCCUGUCUCUCUCCGUUAUCUCCAUUUCUUCCCUAGGAGUCAGCAGUCAUGUUUCGACCGGUUUGGACCACUCACAGACAUUCUCACCGGUGGCAAGAGGCUUGGGCUCGCCUCCUAGCACCUCUGACCCUUUGGAUAUGUGUUUCGGUGGCUAUCCGAUAUGGGUAUUAUGGAGACUGUCGAAUGGUGAUUGGACCCAGCUCCUCUCGUUUGGUCACGGCAAGUUCUGUUUUUGUACAACAAGUUCAGGUCACAGAUAUUGAUAGGAAAGGGGUUUUUCUUUACUCGUUCUCUGAAAAACCUGAAUUGAGCUCCGAAACAAAUUGGAGUUCCUCCAACUACUUGAUAAUCGGAUCGUACAGCCGUAAGGGAUUUUCCUUUUGGUUAAACAAGGGUUCGAGGAUAAAGUUGAGAUUAGAAGCUCAGACUAAAACAUUGAAUCAAAUUGAAAUUGUUACGAUCAAAGGAGAAAAAAGGUUUGAAACAUUGCUGCCAAAAUUGACAACUUCUACAAACACCCUCGUGCCCAAUGAACCAAUAAACGGUAAGGAAGCUGAAUUUAUUAUUGAGGAAGAUGACAAAUAUUACCUUGACAUCAUUAACACAAAUUCCAGAAGCAUAAUUAUGACGCUGAAUCUAAAUGUUUCUUCAAAGAUGUACGACAUUUCAAAAGCCAACGACAAGUGCUCAACAAGAACUGGUUCAUGCCAGCUUAGGCUUCUUUUCCCCAGUACUCACUAUGUAAUACUAACCACACCAAACAAUGGGGAUCUUGGUGGGUGGUACCUUGAACUUUCUUUUGUGGCUCGUGUGGUGACCUAUAUUGCAAUUUUAGGGUUUAUUACCAUAAUCAUACUUAUAAUUAUAAAAUACCUUGGAACCUGUGAUGCCGAGAAUACUACUACAGACACCGCAGUAGAGGAAAUUAAUGAGACUCAUCCUAUAUUGCCAGAGAAGCCAAGUAGAUACACAUAUGGAACAGUUGAAGAUGAUGAAGAAUCUGUAGCUUCUAGCUCUUCAGAGGAGUUAUAUGAUGCAAAAUUAUGUGUAAUUUGUUAUGACGAUCAGCGCAACUGCUUUUUUGUUCCCUGUGGCCACUGUGCCACCUGCUAUGAUUGUGCCCAGAGGAUCAUGGAAGGGGAGAGCAAGGUGUGCCCGAUAUGUCGCAGGCUCAUUCACAAAGUGAGAAGAUUGUUUAGCUCAUGAGCUAAAAAAUUGGGAUUAUGAUUUUUUUUUUUUUUCUUUUGUGAUUAUUAUAAAUACAAAGGGAUGGUCUUUUAUGAUGUGGAGAGAGAAGAAUAUUUCAUCUGUAGCUAUAAUGAAUGAGUCCCAUUGAACUCAUGCUAAAGUCCACAGUCUAAUUUGCUCAAUAUGCUAGCUAGAUGAAUUUUCUUUCAUGGAUGUAGUUGAAUAGAAGCAAGGGAAGCAACUAUGGCCUGAAUUAUUCAUCCUAGAGCAAUUGAGUAUGCAGAAAUUCUCUGUUCAAGGAAUUCCACAAUAGCCUGAAUUACUUUGUUAUGCCUUGUACACCUUUUUCUAGAAGUUAUAUUGAAUUUUCUCUGUCAUCACUUUUGUAAGUC